CUGUUGACAGGCUUGACUUGCUGAGAACAGCGGUUAAAUAUAGCACGAGCAGAGCUCAGCUCAACAAAGUCAUCGCUCUUAACAGGAGACCAGGAGAGGGGGAAACACAAUCUCAGGACUUCACUGCCAAAGCUUCCCACCACAGAGCAACAGUUGUGGGUGGGGGCAAGACAACAAGGGGAAAGACUUCCCAAACAAAAGCCUGGGUGAAACAGAAGAGAAGAGUUUACGGCACCUCCUGCUUCUUCUAACUGGUAUCUCUCUGGACAGGAACUACGUUCCUUUUCUGCUCUGCUCUGCUCCUUUUUUUUCCUGCAUGACUUCAGUCACUGGCAGAUCUAGAAAGAAAGAAAGGACUGCCCCAUCUGUUUGGUUCUUCUGGGCCUGGCGUGGUCAUGCAAGCUGAUUUUCUGAAGUCUUUCAAGAACACGGUCUUGUUGUAAAGGGCAUCUAGCUAUUCUUAUAGCUGGCAGAUCAGGAUGAGGUCACGAAAUCAAGGUGGAGAAAGCUCAUCCAGUGGGCAGUUCUCUAAGUCGAAGCCCAUUAUCAACACUGCAGAAAAUCAAAACCUUCAGGAAGAUGCCAAGAAAAAGAACAAAUCUAGUCGCAAAGAAGAAGAGUUCCCAGGCUCAGGAACAGUCAAGAAGCACAGCAAAUCAUCAAGCAAGAAAUCAAUAGAGCUUUCCAAAGAGGAUCUGGUCCGCCUUCUCAGUAUAAUGGAAGGAGAACUACAGGCUAGAGAAGAUGUGAUCCAUAUGCUGAAGACAGAGAAAGUCAGGCCUGAUGUUCUGGAGGCACAUUAUGGAUCUGCAGCUCCACAGAAUGUCCUGAAAAUAUUGCAUAGAGAUGCCCUCCUCGCCCAUGAGAAGUCAGCUGGAGAAGAUGUUUAUGAGAAGCCAAUUUCAGAGCUGGACAGACUUGAAGAAAAGCAAAAAGAAACAUACCGGCGCAUGCUUGAACAGCUUCUCUUGGCAGAGAAAUGCCACCGUCGCACAGUUUACGAGCUGGAAAAUGAGAAGCAUAAACAUACAGAUUACAUGAACAAGAGCGAUGACUUUACCAACCUCUUGGAGCAAGAGCGUGAAAGAUUAAAGAAACUUCUUGAGCAAGAGAAAAUCUACCAAGCCCGCAAAGAUAAAGAACAUGCAAAAAGGCUCACCAAGCUCAGAGAAGAAUUAGUCAAACUCAAGUCUUUUGCACUCAUGCUUGUGGAUGAGAGACAGAUGCACAUUGAUCAGCUUGAUCAGCAAACUCAGAAGAUUCAAGAUCUAACCCAGAAAUUAAGGGAAGAAGAAGAAAAACUUAAAUUCUUAACUUCGAAAGCCAAAGAGGAUGGGCAGAAACUGAUGAAAAUAGAGGCAGAACUUGAACAUAAGACAUCAUCAUUUUCCCAAGAGCAUGAGGAGAUGACAGCGAAAUUGGUGAGUCAAGAAUCACACAACAAACAGCUGAGGCUUAAACUGGUUGGCUUAACCCGCAGAAUUGAGGAACUAGAAGAAACCAACAAAAGCCUUCAGAAGACUGAAGAAGAGCUUCAGGAACUGCGGGACAAAAUAGCUAAAGGGGAAUGUGGGAACUCCAGUUUAAUGGCUGAGUUGGAAAACCUCCGUAAACGAGUGCUUGAAAUGGAAGGCAAAGAUGAGGAGAUCACAAAAACUGAAUCUCAGUGUAAAGAGCUUAAGAAGAAGUUGCAAGAAGAAGAGCACCACAGCAAGGAACUAAAGCUUGAAGUCGAGAAACUACAGAAAAGAAUGUCAGAUCUGGAGCGGCUGGAAGAAGCUUUCACCAAAAGCAAAUCUGAUUGUACCCAGUUGCGUUUGAACUUGGAAAGAGAGAAGAGCUUAACCAAAGACUUGAUCAAUGAGUUGGAAGUGUUGAAGACACGAGUAAAAGACCUGGAGUCUUCAGAAAGUAAGUUGGAAAAAGCUGAAUUGAUCUUAAAAGAUGACUUGACAAAGUUGAAGUCUUUUACAGUUAUGCUGGUGGAUGAAAGGAAAAACAUGGUGGAUAAAAUAAAGCAGGAAGAGAGAAAAGUUGAAAGCUUGAAUAAGAACUUUAAGGUGGAACAAGGCAAAGUUAUGGAAGUGACUGAAAAACUCAUAGAUGAAAGCAAAAAGCUUUUGAAGUUGAAAUCUGAAAUGGAGGAAAAAGUGUCCAGUUUGAUGAAGGAAAGAGAUGAGUUAAUUGGCAAACUGAAGAGUGAAGAGGAAAAAUCCUCGGAGCUGAGCUGUACCGUGGAUCAGUUAAAGAAAAAAAUUGAUGGCAUAGAGGAGGUAGAAAGAGAAAUAGCAAGAGGUCGAGUUAAAAAAGGACUAGGGCUAAGUGGACAAGAAGAUAACAAGAUUAAAGAAUUGACGGUUGAAAUUGAAAGAUUGAAAAAGCGUCUGAAGCAGCUAGAGGUGGUCGAAGGAGACUUGAUGAAGACAGAGGAUGAAUAUGAUCAACUGGAGCAGAAAUUUAGAACUGAGCAGGACAAAGCUAAUUUCCUUUCUCAGCAGCUGGAAGAAAUGAAGCUCCAGAUUGCUAAAAACAAAGCAAUUGAGAAGGGGGAGGCAGUGAGUCAGGAGGCUGAGCUGAGGCAAAAAUUUCGGCUGGAAGAAGCUAAAAGCCAAGACUUGAAAGCUGAAGUACAGGCUCUCAAAGAGAAAAUUCAUGAGUUGAUGAACAAAGAAGACCAGCUCUCUCAGCUCCAAGUGGAUUACUCAGUCCUUCAGCAAAGGUUUCUGGAAGAAGAAAACAAAAAUAAAGCCAUGGGGCAGGAGGUGCUGACGUUGACAAAAGAGCUUGAGCUGUCUAAGCGCUACAGUCGUGCCCUGAGACCAAGCAUGAAUGGGAGAAGAAUGGUCGAUGUACCUGUGACAUCCACAGGAAUACAAACUGAUGCAGUAAGCAGUGAAGCAGCAGAAGAGGAAACUCCUGCUGUGUUCAUAAGGAAAUCCUUCCAGGAAGAGAACCACAUCAUGAGCAAUCUUCGGCAAGUUGGGUUUAAAAAGCCUGCCGAGAGGUCAUCAGUGCUUGACAGAUAUCCUCCGGCAGCAAAUGAGAUUACAAUGAGAAAAUCCUGGAUUCCAUGGAUGAAAAAAAGAGAAAAUGGUCCUCAGUCCAAUCAGGAUAAAGGGACCAGAAUACAAACAAGCCCAGAACAUCCAGGAGAGGUUGUCGUUUCUCCAAAGCAAGGGCAGCCUCUUCACAUCCGUGUAACUCCAGAUCAUGAAAACAGCACAGCUACUUUGGAGAUUACGAGUCCAACAGCUGAAGAGUUCUUCUCGAGUACCACCGUUAUUCCCACAUUGGGGAAUCAGAAGCCCCGGAUUACUAUCAUUCCCUCUCCUCAUAUCACUUCACAAAAAGGGAAAGGAGGUGAGAGCCCUGUAGGCCCAGAGAGAGCUAUGUCUCCAGUGACAAUAACUACAUUUUCUAGGGAAAAGUCCUCGGAGAGUACCAAGGCUCCAUUCAUGGAAAGGCCAAUGUCCCCAAUUCAGAUCAUGACCGUGUCUACCUCUGCAGCACCAGCCGAAAUUACUGUGUCCCCUGAAACACAAGACAUGACCAUGGGAAGGGCUGUGUUUAGAGUGACUCCAGAAAAACAAACUGUCCCGACUCCAGUUCGAAAGUACAAUGCUAACACGAACAUUAUAACGACAGAGGACAACAAAAUCCACAUCCACUUGGGUUCUCAGUUUAAGCGCUCACCUGGUGCUGCCCAAGAGGGAGCUAGCCCUGUGAUUACUGUCAGACCUAUGAAUGUAGCAGCAGAGAAAGAGGCUAUGACUGGGACUGUGCUUCGUUCUCCCAGGAAUAAUAUGUCCUCAAGACCUGGAGCAAGCAAAGUUACAAGUACCAUUACAAUCACUCCAGUUACUACAUCAUCCACACGAGGAACACAAUCCAUGACAGGACAAGAUGGGUCAUCCCAGAGACCUACACCCACCCGAAUCCCUGUGUCUAAAGGUAUGAAAGCCGGGAAGCCAGUAGUGCCAGCCCAAGGAGCAGGAAAUCAGACCAAAUUCGAGCCUCGUGCCGAGACUCAGUCUAUGAAAAUAGAACUGAAGAAGUCUUCAGCCAGUAGCUCUGCCUCUCUUGGUGGAGGAAAGGGCUGAGAGGGCAAUGGCCAAGGGGAGAGCAUCAUUAUCCACCAGUUACGCAUGAACACAAGAUGAAACACUGGCCACUCCAUUCUGGACUUAAACACUUCCUUCUCUGCGCUGCUUGGUUGGAUCAUUUCCGAAGCUCCACUUCUGCCACUGUCCUCUUCCAUGCUACUGAUGAUGUAUGGAAGGAAUUUACUUCUUCUGUCACAAUCUGAGGGGUUUUGUGCAGAUUUUAAUUGUUUGUUUUUUUAAAAAAAGAAAAAUGUGUUUGCUGAUUUUUUAAAAACGAGAUGGAAAAGGAAUUACAUCUUCUGUGCCAGUUUUGCUCUAACUCUGAAUUCAUUGGCACCUGCUUGAUUUUUGUUUGAAGUUUCCUACAUAAUUUAUUUUUAUAAUACACUUUGUGAUGCAGUGUUUUUUUGUUAUGUAUUUCCCUCCAACUUUAUGAUUUUUGUUGUUUGUGGCACGUUCAUUUGUAGAAUAACACUGUCAAAACUGCCAUUGCCAGUGUGGAGUCUAUGAAAAUGUUGACUCGACCUCAAAGAUGGCACUUUUUCGAGGAAACUUGCCACAAGGUUACCUAGCCAUAAUAUGACUGUGAGAUUAGUUGCCCUGAGGACUGCUUUGUGAGGAUAGUUUUAUAGUGGGGUUUGCCUCUUGCACUGUGCGAUGGUUUAAUAUAAAACUGAAUACCAACAAACCAAAGCCUUGAAACUGUGUUAGAUGCUGAGGUCUAUUAAAACAAUGCUCAUAUAUUGUGUGCUUUUACAUACACCUAUACCAAAAAAGGUUCAUUUUUAUCACAUUGUAACAAAUAAAUUUUCACAAGUGUGCAA